AUCUAGGCGAGGGCAGGAGAUAUAAAGACGCUACGAUUCCCAGCCCUAUGCUUAUCCCCAGAUCUUAUUGCUAACCUACACGUUACACAAGCUUUACCUACGAUGGCUGGAAAUCAUUCGCUAGUCGAGCUGGCCAGCAAGGUCACGGAGAUGGCCACGGCAGUUACAUCCCACAUGAACUCUGUGAACGCUCCAUUGCCAUCGUUGGACAAGGACGGACUUCAUCCGUAUCCUCCAUCACCAGAAGUCCAAGGUCCUCGUAUGAUGCUGAUCGAAUCUCUGAUGGACAUGCUUCAUGUAGCCAUCGGGCCCGUGGAGUUCCAGUUCUGGCAUUCACUCACGCUCAAGCACGACAUGAUGGUUAUAGGAGUGCUUUCCGAGUUCGACUUUUAUUCCGCUGUGCCAGUUGACGGCAGCGCAACGUAUGUGCAAAUCUCCGAAGCCACUGGACUUCCCACCGAUGUUGUGCGCCGCAUUCUUCGUCAUGCUUUUACUAUGCGUCUGUUUGCCGAGUCAUCCCCUGGCUCAGACGAUAUUAUCCACACCGCUUCAUCGGCUGUGGUCGUGAAGACACCAGAACUCGCAUCCUGGAUUAUCCAUAAUACAGAGGAGGUCGGAGCAGGGUGCGUCCAACUUCCGGAGGCCCUCAGACGGUACACUGCGGGCAAGGACCAGAUGACGGACAAGCCGGGUCAAGCAGCGUCGUCAUUGGCAUUGUAUAAUCCAGACUCCAAGCCGGAACUGGCGGAAAAAUCGUUCUUUCAAUUCGUGGCCGAAGACGGUGAAGGCGAGAGGAAAGGUUGGCGAGAAGAGCGAUUCGGACAGGCGAUGCAAUCCGCAGCCGUGAACACUGCCAUUGAUCCCCCGGGUCUCCUGAAGUUAGUCGAUUGGGCAUCUUUCGGGAAUGCAACCCUCGUGGAUGUUGGGGGAUCCACAGGACACAUCUCGCAGGCCAUCGCUAAUAUCGCACCGAACGUGACUUGCGUCGUUGAGGACCUCCCUGGACUAGAAGCGAAGUUCGAUGCCAGCCUCACCAACGUGGAUUCGUCGGUUUCGUCUCGGAUUUCCUUCCGGGCGCACGAUUUCUUCACGCCCCAACCCGUCCAAGCCGAGAUAUACUUCCUCAAACACAUCCUCCACGACUGGGCGGAUAGUUAUGCGAGGAAGAUCAUCGGCCAGAUCACGCCGCAGAUGAAGCCCGGCUCGCGGUUCCUGAUUUUCGAUGGCGUGAUGCCACCAAUGGCGGAUGAGAAAGGCAACAAGUUGUUGCCCUUGCCUGCUGAACGGUUCCUCAGCGCCCUAGAUCUUCAAAUGAUGGUGGUUUUGAAUGCGAAGGAGAGGACGGUCGAGGAAUGGAAGGAGCUGUUCCAGAGCGUUGACGCGAAGAUCCACCUGGAUAAAGUUCAUUUACUCCCCGGGACACCUUUUGGAAUCCUGGAGUUUGUGUACACGGGGUAAUUCAUGAAUUGCUGGGAGAAACAACACUUGUACCUCGAGACGAGUACUGUGCGCGGCGCACUCGAAAUCUGUUCCAAAUGGGGCGAUCCAUGGUGUGUUCCAAAGCCAGCAGAUCUGCCAUUCUUGAUACCUAGUGAUAGAACUAAGAUCCGCAGCGCGAUUGAUGAUUCCAAGAUCGAAUACUACUAUCCAC